AAAGUAGAAUGGCAUAAAGUAUCUGACUUACCAACAUGGAUCAGGAGUCGAGACAAAGAUACUCCUUAUCAUUGUGGAGGUGGUUGUGUAAAAUAUGGGAGCAGUAGAUUUUACAUGGUCGUUCCAUUUGUUAGCAAACUUCGACAUUGGCUAAAAUCACAAAGAAAAUUGGUACGAAAAAGAAUAACUGAUACAUCACAACAAGAGGAAUCUUCUGAAGUUAUGGUAUUCAACGGUCAUGGUACUGACUCUGGUCAAAAAGAAACUUCUCCAGAAACUUCAGUACCGGGUACAGAAAGUGAAGGUAGUCUUCAUGAACAAUCUCCAACAUUUGAUGAAAAAAUACAUAAAUCAUCUCCGAAUAUCCAAGGCACUUCUCAGACAAUUAUACGAUCAAUGUUUAGCUUAGAUGACUCUAUGUCUACACAAAUGUCCACGUUUCCAACCUUACAAAUUUCGCAAGAACUACAGCAAAUUAGUACUUCGGAUGCAGGAUUAAACUUUGAGUAUAAUCAAAUGUCAGCAUCUGAAUUUACACAACCUCAUUCAUAUUUUUCAACCUCACUUCCUCUUGGCCAAUCACCUUUCAAUUCGUAUACUUUAAAUGGUUUAACAUUUCAUCAAUCGACACCUAGUAAAAUUCAAUCUUCCUGUUUAUCAACCUUGGAAGACGCAAACUUACAUGCGCCUAGAAGAAAAUCUUCAAUCGGCACUACAUACUCUAAUUCUCAUUCACAUAUCAACACGACUAAUAAUCAUGAUAUAACAGCUCCUGUCCCGAUAAAUGCUAACUCUAAUGCUGCCAUUGCUGCCUUGGAUCCAGAACAGAAGCUUCGUCGAAAUUCUUUAUUAAAUUUAUUUACUGCUUCAACUAAACAAUGUGAAACAACUACUCCUAUACCAUCAAUAACCGUAGGUCAUGAUGAUAAACGUAGAAAUUCAUUACUUAAUGUUCUUCAAUCAGAAAUUCCUUCAAAUCAAAUUUAUCCCAAUUCUACUUCUAUAACCCGUGAUGAUGUCUCUCAUAAUCGAACACAACAAUCUUUAUUUCAUUUUUUACCUAAUUCAUACGAUCACAUUAACACUACGGAUACUAGGUCUAGUUCUAAUGUUCAUAACAAUACUAUGUUCAGUAUGUUUCAGCAUUCCGCUACUCAAAGAAACCCAAAAGUUAUGACAACGCAUCCUGGUGCAAUUCCUGAUUCAAAUUAUCUAGGAAAUCGUCGAGAUUCUGCAUUCAGCAGACAUUCGAGUCAAGGUAUUACUACUCCAAAAUUGUCGAAUAAUAUCGGUCCUAUUGGUCAAGGAAGACCUUCGAAUAAUAAUGAAAACCACAACCCAGAAGUCCAUGAAGUUGCGCGGAAGAUGUCAUUACUAGGUUUAUUUUCUACGACAUAUUCAUCAAAUUCUGAUAAGAGCUCUCCCAAUACUUGCCACACAACUGCUGAAAGUCCGAUCAAACAACAAAAUACAUUUUUCUCCUCUUCUACCAUGAACUCACAACUGGGCAUACCAGGUACUCCUAGUUCGCUAAGGGUAAAUAACGAGUCUUUGUUACGUCUAAUAACGGCUUCUCCUCCGCCGCAAGGCGUCCCUUUAUCCCCUAAAGUCUUUGACGCAGAAAUUCAAGCUCAAGAAAGAGCUCUACUGAAUUUGCUAAAGUUGUCAAAUCCCUCGAAUAAUAAUGGUAUUGUGAAUGAAAAUGUUUCUCCUAAUCUCAUGAGUAAUGACUCAAUGACAGCUUCAAUUUCUCAAGGACAUAACCAAAAAAUAAGUGAAUUUGGCCAUGCAUUUAUUCCUCCUGGUGGUACGAAUCCAAAGGAAGAAUUUAGUUCACGUUCCCAACACCUCGGCUAUAAUAAUCCAAUGGUUAGUUUCAAAUUUGACGUGGCAAAGAUUGUCGCAGCAUUAUGA